CAGGCAUUAGCAAUGAUGUGUGAGGUGAUGCCCACGAUAAACGAGGACACCCCAAUGAGCCAAAGGGGGUCCCAGAGUAGUGGCUCAGACUCGGAUUCCCAUUUUGAGCAGCUGAUGGUGAAUAUGUUAGAUGAAAGGGAUCGGCUUCUAGAAACCCUUCGUGAGACGCAGGAAAGCUUGUCACUUGCACAGCAGAGACUUCAGGACGUCAUCUAUGAUAGAGACUCGCUCCAGCGGCAGCUUAAUUCAGCCAUUCCACAGGAUAUCGAAUCCCUGGCUGGUUCUAAGGGGGCCGAUCCACCGGAAUUUGCUGCUCUGACAAAAGAAUUAAAUGCAUGCCGGGAACAACUGCUAGAAAAAGAAGAAGAAAUUUCCGAACUUAAGGCUGAGAGAAACAACACAAGAUUGUUACUGGAGCAUUUGGAGUGCCUUGUUUCAAGACAUGAGCGGUCACUAAGAAUGACGGUGGUGAAAAGGCAAGCCCAGUCCCCAUCAGGAGUUUCCAGUGAAGUGGAGGUCCUCAAAGCCCUGAAAUCCCUGUUUGAGCACCACAAGGCAUUGGAUGAAAAGGUAAGGGAGCGACUGAGGGUUUCUUUAGAAAGAGUCUCUGCACUGGAAGAAGAACUAACAGCUGCUAACCAGGAGAUCGUUGCCUUGCGGGAACAAAAUGCUCAUAUUCAAAGGAAAAUGGCAUCUGGAGAAGGGUCCACAGAGUCAGAACACUUGGAGGGGAUGGAGCCUGGCCAGAAAAUCCAUGAAAAGCGAUUGUCCAACGGCUCCAUAGAUUCAACAGAUGAUACCAGCCAAGUGAUGGAGCUACAAGAAUUACUUGAAAAGCAAAACUAUGAAAUGGUCCAAAUGAAAGAGCGUUUAGCAGCCCUUUCCUCUCGGGUGGGAGAAGUGGAGCAGGAAGCAGAGACUGCCAGAAAGGACCUCAUUAAAACAGAGGAAAUGAAUACCAAAUAUCAAAGAGACAUUAGAGAGGCUAUGGCACAGAAAGAAGAUAUGGAAGAAAGAAUAACUACUCUUGAGAAGCGCUAUUUAAGUGCCCAGAGAGAAUCCACUUCCAUCCAUGACAUGAAUGAUAAACUAGAAAAUGAGCUGGCAAAUAAGGAAGCCAUCCUACGUCAGAUGGAAGAGAAGAACAGACAGUUACAGGAACGUCUUGAGUUGGCUGAGCAAAAGUUGCAGCAGACCAUGAGGAAAGCUGAGACCUUACCAGAAGUAGAGGCUGAGCUUGCUCAGAGAAUUGCGGCAUUAACAAAGGCUGAGGAGAGGCAUGGUAACAUUGAAGAAAGGAUGAGGCAUUUGGAAGGUCAACUCGAAGAGAAGAACCAGGAGCUUCAAAGAGCUAGACAAAGAGAAAAAAUGAAUGAGGAACACAACAAAAGGUUAUCAGACACUGUAGAUCGACUUUUGACGGAAUCCAAUGAGCGUCUGCAGCUACACUUGAAAGAAAGGAUGGCAGCUCUGGAGGAGAAGAAUGUUUUAAUUCAAGAAUCUGAAAGUUUCAGAAAGAAUCUUGAAGAAUCUUUGCAUGAUAAGGAAAGAUUAGCAGAAGAAAUUGAAAAGCUGAGGUCAGAACUAGACCAAUUGAAAAUGAGAACUGGCUCUUUGAUUGAACCCACAAUAUCAAGGACACACUUGGAUACCUCAACAGAGCUUCGGUAUUCUGUGGGUUCACUUGUGGACAGCCAGUCUGACUACAGGUCAACUAAGGUCAUAAGGAGACCCAGGAGAGGCCGUAUGGGAGUCCGAAGAGAUGAACCAAAGGUGAAAUCACUUGGGGACCACGAGUGGAACAGAACUCAGCAAAUUGGAGUGCUGAGUAGCCACCAUUUUGAAAGUGACACUGAAAUGUCUGAUAUUGAUGAUGAUGACAGAGAAACUAUUUUUAGCUCAAUGGACCUUCUAUCCCCAAGUGGCCAUUCUGAUGCCCAGACUCUAGCCAUGAUGCUUCAAGAGCAAUUAGAUGCAAUCAAUAAAGAAAUCAGGUUAAUUCAGGAAGAGAAAGAGUCCACAGAACUGCGUGCUGAAGAAAUCGAGAACCGAGUGGCCAGCGUGAGCCUAGAAGGUUUGAAUCUAGCUAGAGUCCAUCCUGGUACUUCAAUCACCGCCUCAGUAACAGCUUCAUCGCUGGCAAGUUCAUCUCCUCCUAGUGGCCACUCCACGCCUAAGCUUACUCCCCGAAGCCCAGCCAGGGAGAUGGAUCGAAUGGGAAUCAUGACUCUGCCAAGUGAUCUAAGGAAACAUCGGAGAAAGAUUGCAGUGGUUGAAGAAGAUGGUCGUGAAGAUAAAGCAACAAUAAAAUGUGAGACAUCUCCUCCCCCAACACCAAGAGCGAUCAGAAUGACACAUACCCUUCCUUCAACCUAUCACAAUGAAGCCCGGAGUAGUUUACCAGUGUCCUUGGAACCAGACAGCAUUGGUCUUAGCAGCGCAAAUAGCAGCCAAGAUUCUCUCCACAAAGCCCCCAAAAAGAAAGGAAUCAAAUCUUCAAUAGGACGUUUGUUUGGUAAAAAAGAGAAGGCCCGGCUUGGACAACUCAGAGGCUUUAUGGAGACGGAAGCUGCGGCACAGGAGUCCCUAGGCUUAGGCAAACUUGGAACCCAAGCUGAGAAGGACCGGCGACUAAAGAAAAAGCAUGAACUUUUGGAAGAAGCUCGAAGAAAGGGUUUGCCUUUUGCCCAGUGGGAUGGGCCCACAGUAGUUGCAUGGCUAGAGCUGUGGUUGGGAAUGCCUGCCUGGUAUGUUGCAGCUUGCCGGGCCAAUGUCAAGAGUGGAGCUAUCAUGUCAGCUCUGUCAGACACAGAGAUCCAGAGAGAAAUAGGAAUCAGCAACCCUCUGCAUCGCCUGAAACUCCGAUUAGCAAUCCAGGAGAUGGUUUCCCUAACAAGCCCAUCCGCUCCCCCUACAUCUCGAACGCCCUCAGGCAAUGUUUGGGUGACCCAUGAAGAAAUGGAAAACCUUGCAGCUCCAGCCAAAACGAAAGAAUCUGAGGAAGGAAGCUGGGCCCAGACUCUGGCUUAUGGUGAUAUGAAUCAUGAGUGGAUUGGUAAUGAGUGGCUUCCCAGCUUGGGAUUACCUCAAUACAGAAGUUAUUUCAUGGAAUGCCUGGUAGAUGCAAGAAUGUUAGAUCACCUGACGAAAAAAGAUCUCCGGGUCCAUUUAAAAAUGGUGGAUAGCUUUCAUAGAACAAGUUUACAGUAUGGAAUUAUGUGCUUGAAGAGGCUGAAUUAUGACAGAAAAGAACUGGAAAGGAGACGGGAAGCAAGUCAACAUGAAAUUAAAGAUGUGUUGGUGUGGAGCAACGACCGAGUGAUUCGUUGGAUACAAGCAAUUGGACUUCGAGAGUACGCAAACAACGUGCUCGAAAGUGGUGUGCACGGAUCCCUUAUAGCCUUGGAUGAGAACUUCGACUAUAGCAGCUUAGCUUUAUUAUUACAGAUUCCUACGCAGAAUACACAGGCAAGACAAAUUCUUGAAAGAGAAUACAACAAUCUUUUGGCACUGGGAACUGAACGGAGACUGGAUGAAAGUGAUGACAAGAAUUUUAGGCGUGGGUCAUCAUGGAGAAGACAGUUUCCUCCCCGUGAAGUCCAUGGGAUCAGUAUGAUGCCUGGUUCCUCAGAGACAUUGCCAGCUGGGUUUAGGCUAACCACCACAUCUGGGCAAUCUCGGAAAAUGGCAACAGACGUUGCAUCUUCGAGGUUGCAGAGGUUAGACAGCUCCACUGUUCGCACAUACUCAUGUUGACACGCCUAUCAAAGGAGGCAGC